UAAAUCAUAUAAGGCAAAAAAUAAAUUCAAACAAAAGGGCAGUGUGUGAUUUGUAAUUUACUUUUAACUUUCAACAAAAGCUUCCGGACUAUGACGAAACCAUAAACCAAACCAGCCAAGCCCCGAAAUGCGAUAUUUUCAAAUAAUUUCGGCAAUUAAACAACGAAACCCAGCAGCCACAAUAUGGAUAAUGUUAAAUUAGCAUAAUGAGCGGUCAAGAAGCAGUACGAUUUAUUACCUCCAGUGCAUACGCAAUUUCGAUGACAAAUAUAUUUGGUGUCAAAAGCUGGGGGGCGGUACUGGUAUUCUCCAGGAAAAAAACGAAAAAAAAGAAUUUAAAUCAAGUAAUAAGCGGAGCAAAUCCGACUACAGAGAGUUCAUAUAAAUUAAAAGUCGCGGGCGCGUUUAAAAACGCUUCAAACGCUUCGGCAUUGUAGUCGGUGCCAGGGCUAUAUAGGCUUCUAUAGCUUCUCAACAAUCGGUCGGUCGUUUGGUUUGGUCGGUGGGUCGUUCAAACACACACAUACAAUAGACAUUUUUCCACCUACAAUAACACUAACAAUAAUACUAAUAAAUAAAAGAGCGACGGUGACGAAAGCAUUUGGUGAUAAUGGAACGAUAAAAGAGUCAUACACUCAUUCUGUUUUGACUAUUCGACGACUUUUCGCAAUGAUAUCGUUCAGUAGUAUUUUACCGGCGAUACUACACAAAGACAGUCGCGUGCGAAGACCUCCGAUUCGGCUAUCGAAAGACCAAUAUUGAAAUAUUUAGGGUUCGCCUCGAAGUCAAAUAGAAGAUAGUAGAACUCUACUACACUAGGAAAAAUAAGCGAAAUUUAUAGAAAUAAAUUAAACGUAGUGCCAGAAGAAACCAGUUCCCUUUGGCAUAAUUAAUAGACCCACAAAAAGCAAACAAAACACAAAAUAAAAUAUAUAACGAUAAAGCAAAGAGCGAAUAUAACAAGUUAGUCUCUGAUCUGUCUUGAGAUUGCUGGCCAGCUCCUCAAACCGACUAAAACAAAAAAAAAAGCUGUAAAAUCAAAGCCAAAACCAAGUCGGAGAAUCCGAGAAUACUACGGGUAUAUAAAAGGUCCACCAAAAUGCCGCGUUCACAUUUCACUAGAAGGCAUUGUCUAGCGAUGACGGGCGGAUUAAUUGCAUCGGCGGUGCUGAUCUGGUGCUUCGCCCAUUCGACGAUGGAGUCUACGGCCAAGCUCUACGACCCGGGGACUGAUAAAUCCACGCUCGAGCUGCUGCAUGUGGUAUUCCGACACGGACCACGAACGCCGGCGGAUACGUAUCCAAAGGAUCCAUAUGUAAAUGAGACCUACUAUCCAUUUGGCUGGGGACAAAUAACAAAUAAUGGCAAACGCGAGCUGUUCAACAUUGGUACUUGGCUGCGUAAGCGUUAUGGCAAAUUUCUGGCGCCCCACUACAGUCCCGAUUCGGUCUAUGCCCAGGCGACUGGUGUGCCAAGGACUCACAUGACCAUGCAGACCGUUUUGGCCGCCUUCUUUCCACCGAAAGGAACCGACAUGGAGUGGAACAGUCGGUUUAAUUGGCAGCCCAUACCUGUCUUCUCACAGGAGCUGAAUCAGGAUACGCUACUCCUUGUGCGAACUCCCUGUCCGCGAUAUUUCGAGGCACUGAACGAGGUCUAUGAACUCCCGGAGGUGAAGGCGGAAAUCGAGCCGUACCUGGAAAUGUUCAAGGAACUGGAGGAGCACACGGGUCUGAGUUUCAAGGAGCCCGAAGAUGUGCAAUCGCUCUAUUUGACCUUGCUGGCGGAGCAGGAAUGGGGUCUAGAGCUGCCCGAAUGGACGCACGAGUAUUUCCCUGAAAAGAUGCAAUUCUUAGCCGAGCAGAGCUACAUCUAUAAUGUCUACACUCCGGAGAUGCAGAAGAUCAAGGGUGGACCGUUUCUCAAGAAAAUGUUUGACGAAAUGCAGGCAAAGCGAAAUGGAACUCUGAAGCCCAGUGGCAGGAAGCUAUUCAUCUACACAGGCCAUGAUUCCACGGUCGUGAAUAUUCUUGCAGCCCUGAAGGUGUGGGAGCGCCAACUGCCGCGGUACUCCUCGAUGAUUCUCUUCGAACUGCACAAGAACAAGGAGACUGGUGACUACUGGGUGGAGAUCUACUUCCGCAACGAUCCGAAGGCUCCGGCCCAGAAACUCGUCGUACCUGGCUGUGACUUCCAGUGCCCUCUGGAUAAGCUGCUGGCCGCUGCCAAGGAUGUGGUGCCCACGGAAGCGGACGCCAAUCGCUGCCAAUCUCGAAAUCAGGCCUUCACAGAGCCGCCCCUCCGAGGGCCAUGAGCCUCCAAAAAUGUUUAGUUGUUAGAGAAAAGCAAAAGAAUACAAAAAUCCUUCAGGUGCUACUCGUCUCAGGGAACGGGACUGCCACAAGUCUCACUUUAGUAAGCCGCAACCACUUAGUUAAGUCAAUCGUUUAGCCUAAGCCUAAUAAAUGAACUAACCCGUUUUGGGUAAUUUAUAGAAUUUUUAAA